AUGACUAAACUAUCAAAGUGGCUCAAAGGAAAUCUCAAGGAUAACGUUAAGGAAACAUUUGAAGCGACUAUCGAACAUCUGCUUAAGUUAAAACCUCCCGUAAAAAAAGGCAAUAAAAGACAGGCCUUGAUGUCUUCAUUACAAGCUUUGAUGAAAAAUGACGAAUCCGUACGUGAAGAAUACGAAUCUCUAAAUGCGUGGGUUAACGUUAAUAAUUCUGAGAAAGAGAAGAAGGAGAAAAAUUUAAAGGUUAUUGAUAAAGAACACCAAGCUAUGUUCAAAAAAGCUCGUGUUGUUCAGUACAAUAUCUCUUAUGGAGCAGGUUCCACAAAUUCAAACAAUAUCGCAAGUGAACAUGAAGUUUCUACAGACAUUAAAGAAGCUCAGGAAAUAAAUCCACUAAAUGGACAGAAAGUAAAAGAAGAGAAGGAGGACGACUUAUUAUCACGAAUUCCGCAUAAGUUUUCAUUCUCGGCAUCCAAACAAGGUUCUUAUGUGGAACCAAUUUUAGAGCAUGUCGAGAAAGCGCUUUUCAGAUUUGUUGUAAAGAAUCGGGACUACAUUCCUUCUGACACAGUAAAAGAAUUCGCACUUAAAUGCAACCCCCCGCGAAAUAUUGAUUUUUCGGAUGCAGACAUAUUGUGUCUUUUAAACUUCAUUACGAAACAUAUUUCCUUGUUUAUGAUUCCGCAUUCCGACCAAACGCUGUUUUAUGGCGAAUAUAAAUUAAAACCUUUAGAUGUUCUUCAAUCUUUUAAAAUUGAGGCGAGGAACCACCAUGCGCACGGUAUAACAAAAUCCAAAGGAAAAUGGAACGAUGAAAAAUUACAAAGGCUCUCAACCUUAGCAUUAGAGUUGGUCGAUUGUCUUGGUGAUGAGGAUGCAUUUGAGUCGUUGUUGGUGAUAAAACGGAAUCUGAGUUCUGAACUCACGGAACAAUAUGUUUUACCAAUGAAGAGAAGACACGAAAACAAUGAGGAUGAAAUCCAAGAGAGAAAGAGACACAUGGCCGAUGAAGAACUCGGAGAGUUAAUUGAUUUCGCUCUAAACAUAGUAAAUAAACUUGAGCCAGAAAAUAAAGAACAUUUAAACCAAAUUGUGCGACUUGCAGUAGAUAAAAACGAAGCAUUUAUAAAUAUUUGGCGAGCUUUAGUUACCUCAAAAGAUGAAAGUGCGAAAAUUCGAAAGUUCAUUUCUUUAAUGAAUAUCCGCUUUAAUAUGAAUCUAAAGAACAAGAUUGGAACAAUUUAA